AUGGAUGAAAAUACAAAAAUCGAAACUUUCUUGGAUUCUUUUAUAAGUAACGGCAAUGCUACUCAAGAAGAAGCAGAUAAAGUACUUAAAAUAUUUAAUCAACAUUGGAUUCGCAGAUUAAAGGAUUGUAAGGUGUUUGACAUAAAAUCUUUAGAAGAAAAAGGCAUUCCUGCAUUGUUAUUUACUUACUCUUGUUAUAUUAUUCCUGCAUUAGGCUCAGUGUCUCCCUCUGAUCCAGGCUGCAUACAGAGAUUAAGGGAACAGUUUGGAGGAAUUGGUGGCACAACUUAUUGGGAGGAAGCAUUUACAAACUUUGAAGGUGUUGAUGGGAAUAGUAACUUGACUUGCAAGAGGCUGGCAACUGUAACAAAGUUACACAGUCACCUUCAGAAUGCAAGAUUUUUGCUUGUGUGCUCACCCCCAAUGUCUGGAAAGACAUCACUUGCACAACUCUAUGAGAACUAUUUACUCAAUACACAUAAUGAACUAUAUGAAAUUCAGGUGUUAUACAAACCAGAAGGUGCAUCAGCCUGUCUAUUUGGUGGUGACAAGUUUUGGGACACUGUCAAGAGAGUUCUACAGGGUGGUGGUCUCCACAUUGUUGCUUUUGCAUCCUAUGGAUAUUGGGGAGCAUAUAGUGGACCAGGCCAUCUUAAAACUAUAUCUCCUUUUGACUUAGAUGAAAUUAAUACUUGGAAUUUUGAAGAUGUUCAGUAUUCUGAACAAGAUGCAGUUGCAGACCAUCUGAUCAAAACAAAUGUUCUUUCAGACUUCCAUCAAGAAUAUUAUUUGAGAAACAGGAAACUUGACUUCACAUCACCACUAGUCCAUGUAGCUUAUCUUCAGGAACAUCUUGGAUCUAGAACCCAUGUACACACUUUACCAUAUCCUUUUGAAGAUUUUAUCAAGAAGGUGUUUGAAUUAAUGAGCCCAGAGACUUUCAAGAAAACCCUUUGUGUGGGUAAUGAUGGUCAACUGCUGGAGAGGGCAUGGCAAAUGGAGUUUUACCAUGCAGCAAGACAACUGCUUCCAAAAAAUGUACAUAUCUCUCCAGAUGUUGGUGCUGUUUUUGCUUCAGAGGGCUGGGUGGACUUUUAUGUUGAUGGUAAACAUGAUUGGAUGAUAGAGCUAGUUUGA